AUGCAGCCUGACGUCUUCAGAGCGAUGCUCUACUUCGUCUACACGGACUCCAUGGAUCACCACGACGAUCUCUCCAGAGACUACUACAGCAAGAACUGCGACAUGAACGUGGCGACGACGCUGGCGUUGGCUGAUCAGCAUCACUGCGACAAGCUCAAGCAUGCUUGCGUUGAGUUUAUGUGUUGUUCGGAUAAUGCGCAAGAUGUCGUGGCGACUCAAGGGUAUAUGGAUCUUGCGAAAACUUCACCUUCUGUGUUAGCUGAUGCAAUGGCCAGGAUGAGUAAGAUCAGCAAAAAGGUGAUGACAAGAGCACUGCAAGCCCAAGAUGCAUCGUCCAUCUGA